AUGGAAACAAUUUUUGUUGGUUUAGCAAUAUUAUUUAUCAUAGGUAUCAUUUUGAUUUUCUGUGGUAAAAAGAAAGACGAUGAUUAAAAGGAAACACAAAAAUAUGAAGAAGUCUUGGUUUAACCUCAAUUGGACACUUUACCAACAAUGACUCUCAAUGAAUUAUCUAAAUUUGAUGGUAAAUAAAAUAAAAAAGUAUACUUAGCUUGUAAAGGAUUGGUUUUUGAUGUUAGCGAUUCAGAAUUUUAUGUCGGUGAAGGAGGUUAUAGUGCUUUUGCUGGAAAAGACUGCAGUGUUAACUUAGCUAGAAUGUCAUUUGAAGUUAAUGACUACAAUAAAUAUGGUUAGGUUGAACUUACUCUCUCUGAAAGAGAUGUUCUUGACUAAUGGUAUGAAAAGUACUAUUCUAAGUAUAGAAUUGUAGCUAAAAUUUCUGAAACAAAGAAAGAUAAUUGA